UCACUCGGGUUCAUUUUUGGAUUGAAUGAUGGUUCUCAUGAGAAGAAGACGUUUUAGUGUUGUCGCUCGUACUUUCUGUGGGCAAUUUGAAGCUACAGACAUGCUUCACAACAGGGGUGUCCACACUUUUUCCACAGGGGGCUGCAUAGAGAAAAAUGACAGGAGGCUGGAGGGUCCACUUUGAUACAUUUGGUACACUGAAGACACUAAAGCAAAUAUAUGCUGACCUACAUAUACAUAUGAACAAAACAUCAGGAUCUUAGCAUUUUUAUAGGUGACAAAGUCAGUGAGUGGAAUACACUGUACGUAGAAAAUACGACGAAUAAGAAACUGGCACACACUUUGGACGCCCCUGCUUUACAGCACUUGACACGUUUGUAGGCGUAAAAUAACCACACAUAAACUGUAUGUAUACAGUAAUCCCUCGUUUAAUGGGGUUAAUGGGUUCCAGACAAGAUUGUGAUAAGUGAGUUUCCACAAAGCAGGAUUCCUUAUUUCUAAAUAUUUUCACAGUCACAGCAUAGAAAACCUGUUUACAACCUUCUCAAUACAGUUUUUUACCAUUAUUAGAGCCCUCUAGACAUGAAAUAACACCCCUUUAAUCAACUUUACACUUGUAUUACCCAAUACGGUAAAUAUAGUAACAAUAAAUAAGCCAAGGGUAUCCAAAGUGCGGCCCGGGUGCCAUUUGAGGCCAGUGACUCGUUUAUUAUUGGCCUGCAACACGUUGUAGAAAUAAAAUUAAACACAAAAAAAAACAGAACAAAUGGGAAAGACAGAGAAAAAAGCCUGAAAUGGUGAUACUAAUAACACAAAGCUUUGGCUUUAAAUAUAUUUUGAUUUUUUUAGAAAUUAAUAUACAUAACAUAAACAUAUCAAAAUGGCCCCCCUGCCCCCGCAUCUUUUGUUUUUUCUGUGUGCGCCCCUCUCUGGAAACAGUUUGGACACCCCUGAAAUUAGCAAUUCAAGACAUAAAUAAGACUCUUCGGGUGCUACCACCCAACAUUACAGUAAAAUUACUGACACCUAGUGACCAGUUUACAGUACUACAUAUCACAUCUUUGAUUGCCUUAUUCGUAUUUUAUACUUUUAUGCCAUUUUUAAUGCCUCGAAAUGCUUCAUUUAGGCAAAAACGUGUAACAUUUGCUUAAAUAUGCAUAUUUUUGCACUAUUAGGCCAAAGUCAACCACAAAACAGCAAUGAUUUAUGAAUUAAUAUAUUUCUCCACAAAACUUGAAGCACAAUCUGUUGCUCCUGCACACCAUGGGUGUCCGAAGUGCGGCCCGGGGGCCACCAAAAAACAGCAAAAUGAGAACAAUAGAGCAACAAUGUAAAGAGAAAAGGCUGGAAUGUUGAUACUAAUAGCUAAUUACACACACUUUAAAUAUAUACAGUAUAACUUUCUUUUUAGUAUUUUUACACAAUUAAAAUAAUAUAUGUAAAAAUAGGAACGUGGCCCCUGGCAUCCUUUGAUUUCUGGGUAUGUGGCCCCGGGUGGAAAAAGUUUAGACACACCUGGUUUAGGCAGAUGUUUGAAAUGCUUUCAGAGCACAGCUGGUCAAAUUUGACCUGACAAAUAAAAGAUUUGUUUUUGUGAAGAAGACAAAACUAAUUCAGCUGACUCAUGUGGUCGCGGCGUGGGUUCAGGAGUAACGGCAACAACAAGUCAUCCAGAUUCACUUCCACGCUUGAUGGGCCCCAAUGAGAACGCCCUAAAAAGGCACGUAAAAACACCCGUAAUCAUCGCCGUGACAACUGGCAUGGUGGUGCUUGUCGAGGUGUCGCGGUCACGUGCGGCGUAUACCUGCCACCUUUACAUCCUGUUAGCCUCUCCCAUGUGCGCCCCUUGCUGAGCCGUGGCCUAGUGAGUCCACGUGCAGCACUAAGACCUUGACUUCACCCUCCUCAUUAACUGCUAUUAGCAUCCAGCAGACAGAGGAGAUGACAUCCAACUGGACAACAAUUGUGAAUUUUGUUUGUUUUGAACCUGGCAAUCAAAACCUUUGGGAUCCACUGGAAAAGAUGGACAGAUGGUUUGGGAGCAAACUAACCGGAUGUAAUCUUUAUUGAUCUGACAAAUAAAGUCUUUAAACCUACAAUGAAAGUCAAAUGUACAAAACAAUAGAGGAUCUCGUGAAGACGGUUGACUGUGGCGUUGGCUCUACAAGCUUCUGGUUCUGGUCCGUCAAGUCCAAAUGUCCGACUGUUAGGCAGAAGAAUGAGAUACCGCUGCUGGUAACGCUACUUGCUCCUGUCAUGUUUAGAGGCCAAACUUAAAGGGAUUAAUCUUGGCCGCCGAACACAGGACGUCCUCUGUGCCAAGUCUGAUCACCAGGCCAAAAGUGGCCCAGUGUUCCCGGGCCAGUGGAAGGAUGUCUCGUGUGAACCACCAAGGAACAAAGGAGCCCAGUGUGGUGGAAUGAGGUCAUUCGUGGAGGUUACCGGUGUUGUUUUUGUGCUGUUCUGGAAUACUUGAGAUGGUGCUUUUAUGUUUUCUGGGGGGAGGGAUUAUCAGCAACUUCACUGUUGACAUGCUGAACCUCGACGUCUUCCAGUCCAGCGCCAAUGUCCCCCACUCAUGGUGUGGUUCACAGCAAAGCUAAAGCCUAGGAGGACUUGCAGGCCAUUGUCAAGGAGUAAUUCGGACUCAAAUCUAAGAUGGCGAGAGAUGUCGGUCCUCUGAGCCCCAACACUGCAAGGAAACUGAGUGGCACCACCUCGGUGUUGUACCUUGCCUUUCGCUCUCUGAUUGUCGGCUACUUCCUUUCCGGGUCUGCGACAUCAGCGAGCUUGCUCGGCAUGGAGCAUGACUAUGGCAUUAGCCCCAAAUUUGUUUGCACUCCUAUUCCCCCUGAAGCGGACCCCAGCUGCCAUUCCCCGCCUAGCGUUCCCCACGGACCCAACGGCCACGCUAAUGGCCACGCCAAUGGCCAUAACGGCAGCAACCGCAGAGUGGUGAUAUCUGAUGAGGCCAAAGCCACCAUCCUGCACCUGCGGGAGAGCCUGGUGAGGCAGAAAGAGACCAUCCUGGACCAGCGGGAGACCAUCAGGGAGCUCACCGCCAAGCUCACCCUGUGUGAGGGCUUUGGUGGUCACCAUGGCAACGGCCAUCACGACAGCCAUCCUGACGACCACCACGAUGAGCACCUUGGCCACCAUGGCAGCCAACACACGCCGUCACACCACGGCUCAUAUCACAGCACCGAUCACCACUUCUCCCACGGCAGCCACCGGCCGGACCUCCAUCACAGGGAAGGGUCAUCGUACGGCAAACACAGCUCGUUCUCACCGGAGCAGACUGGCAAGACGCUGCAGACGCUGAAGGAGCGACUGGAGAACCUGCAGCAGGCGAGGAACUCCUCCAGCUCCUACUCCAGCUCCCUGAGAGAACUCCUCCAGCGGAAGAUCAGUGCUCUGGAAGAGCAGCUGCACAGCUACUACAGGGACCACCAUGAUGGUCACCAUGACGACCACCGAGAUGGUGACCACCAUGACGAUCACCACGGUAGCGGUCACGAGGACCACCACGAAAGCCACCGCAAUAAUCACCACGGGGGGCGUCACUACAACCACCACAGUGAUCACAGAAAUCGCCAUCAUGAUCAUCACCCCGACCCCCACGACUUGCACAACAGCCGCCGCUACGGCCGCUACGGCAACCACCACGACAACCUCCAUGGCCACCGCGACGAACACCACGAUGACCGUCACGAAGAUCACCACGGCGACCGUCACGAAGAUCACCACGAAGACCAUCAUGAAGAUCACCACGGUGGCAAUCGCCACGACGACCACCAUGAGGGUCACCCAGGCGGCGAUCACCACAACGACAAUCACGAAGAUCACCACGGCGGCGCUCACCGUGACGACCAUCAUGCCGGCGAUCACCUCCCUCGACGACUUCCUUUCAGCAGCAAAGAGACGAGCCCUCGCAGCAGCGGACACGGCAAACUGGAGACUGUCCUAAGCCAACUUCACCAGAGCCACUCGGACUACGGAAGCCACAAGAAGCUGAAGAGUUCCAGCGCGUUCCUGCUGGACUUCCCCAUGAGGACCAACUACAUGUACGCCAGGAUGAAGCGCUCCCUGGUCACGGAGAUCUUCGCCCUCACGGUCUGCCUGCGUCUCAAAGGGGGCGCCGGUCCCGGUGUGGGCACGCCAUUCUCCUAUGCGGUGCCGGGCCAGGCCAACGAGCUGGUGCUCAUGGAGUGGGGCCCCAACCCUAUGGAGCUGCUCAUCAACGACAAGGCGGUCACAUUGCCGGUGACCAUGACGGACAGGAAGUGGCAUCACCUGUGUGUGACGUGGUCCACGCGUGAUGGUGUCUGGGAGGUGUACCAGGACGGGGCGAGGAAAGGCUCGGGUCAGAACCUUUCAGCCUGGCACGCCAUCAAACCGGGAGGGAUGUUUCUUUUGGGACAAGAGCAGGACACCAUGGGGGGACGCUUUGACGUCACACAGUCCUUCAUGGGAGAAAUGUCCGACCUGCAGUUCUGGUCCAGAGUCCUGACCCCCGCUGAGAUCUACAGUCAAGCCACAUGCGGGGGUCACCUGGUGGGGGACAUCGUGUCCUGGGAGCAGGAAUCCGUGGAGCUCCACGGCGGCCUCGCCGAGUUCCCCUUUGACCCCUGUCACUGAACACGGACCCUCGCCAUGUUUAUGUCCUUUUCGCCAUUCCGCUCCAAUCUGUCUGCCUUCUCCGAGCACAUCUUUACUGCGUCCUCUCAAGGAUCAGAUGGACGCUAGCUCCUUUAGCAACGUUAGCGCAGCAGGAGGCGGGUGACACCAGACGCCUCACGGGGGACGUCGUUUGAAGGCAAUGUGCACAGUGGCAUUUCAGCAAUAGCACUUUUGUAAAGAUAUUGACGGGACUCGUCGACGGACGUCCGGUUUCCAGCAGGGCGAGCUGACGUGCGGUUGCAUAAGUCUCACAGCAUGCUAACCUUACCUCAAUGUGUCACCGCGCUAAUGGCUGACAUCGCCUCAGCAACCGGUGGCUUACGACGGGAUUUGCUGGCGCACCCUUGAUCCCGCCUAAUUCUCAGCUCACACACACACACACACACACACACACCUUUACUGAAGGUGCAGCCCAGGUGAAGGAUUAUUGGUUGAUCUGCUAACUGUUUUUAGCUGCACUUUAAAGUUUUUUAUGAGGUUUUGUAUGGGUACCUAAAUAAUGUCGAUAAAUCCUUUGAAUAUUGAGAUAUUUCUUAUGGGUUUUUUUGUGGGGUUUUUGCACUUGUCAACAAGUGUGUAGCGCUUUGUUUUUAAGGAAAAAGACACAUCUUUGCAUCAGGACCACAGCUGUAAAUAUCUGCACCACAUUUGAACUGUAAUGCCAAGUUAGGCUUCUAAUAGAGGGCCAAAUGCCAGAUGCGUUAUUUGUGUAUAACGAUAUUUAAUAAUGUUGUUGUGUGUCUCCGCAGAACUUGUACGUAAAGACUCGCUCCUCCUCGCCUUUGGUGCACAUUUUAACAUGUGAUAGCAGGUGUCUUUGGCUGUAAAUGUGUGUGAAGUAUAAACAUGAGUAUGACAGUCACGUGAAAGCCAAAACUGUAAACGUCUAAAUGUAAAACUUGAAACAAAGAUUUUGUCAAAUAUUUGUCAGAAUGUUGAAUAAAGUUGUCCUGUAUUUUAA